AUGUCUUCUGUGUCAGGGAGCUCAUCCCGCGGCGGCGACGACGCGGCGUGGAGCGCCAAGGAGAACAAGCUGUUCGAGGAGGCACUCGCCUACCACGGCGAGGGCACGCCCGACCGCUGGCUCAAGGUGUCUCGUGCCAUGGGCGGGACCAAGACGGCGGACGAGGUGCGCCGCCACUACGAGAUCCUCCUGGACGACAUCAAGCUCAUCGAGUCCGGCAUGGUCUCGUUCCCCAAGUACAAGGACAACACCCAGGGGCCUUGGAACUGA